CAGCGCAGCUCGGGCCGCGGGCGGGCGGGCGGCGCGCGAACAUGGCGACGGUGCCCGUGUACUGCGUCUGCCGGCUGCCCUACGACGUUACCCGCUUCAUGAUCGAGUGCGACGCCUGCAAGGACUGGUUCCACGGCAGCUGUGUUGGUGUGGAAGAGGAAGAAGCCCCAGACAUCGACAUAUACCACUGCCCGAACUGCGAGAAAACCCACGGGAAGUCCACCUUGAAGAAGAAGCGGACCUGGCACAAGCACAGCCCAGGGCAGACUCCUGACGUCAAGCCGGUGCAGAACGGCAGCCAGCUCUUCAUCAAGGAGCUGAGGAGCAGGACCUUUCCCAGCGCAGAGGACGUAGUGGCCCGAGUACCAGGCAGCCAGCUCACACUGGGCUACAUGGAGGAGCAUGGCUUCACAGAGCCCAUUCUUGUCCCCAAGAAAGAUGGACUGGGCCUGGCCGUGCCAGCCCCCACCUUCUACGUCAGCGAUGUUGAGAACUACGUGGGCCCAGAGCGAAGCGUGGAUGUGACAGAUGUCACCAAGCAGAAGGACUGCAAGAUGAAGCUGAAGGAGUUUGUUGACUAUUACUAUAGCACCAACCGCAAGCGGGUCCUGAACCUCACCAACCUCGAGUUCUCCGACACCAGAAUGUCCAGCUUUGUGGAACCUCCUGACAUUGUGAAGAAACUGUCCUGGGUAGAAAACUACUGGCCAGAUGACGCACUGCUGGCCAAGCCCAAGGUGACCAAGUACUGCCUAAUCUGUGUGAAGGACAGCUACACAGACUUCCACAUCGACUCGGGGGGUGCCUCCGCCUGGUACCAUGUGCUCAAGGGGGAGAAGAUCUUCUAUCUCAUCAAGCCGGCGUCGGCCAACAUCUCCCUGUAUGAGCGCUGGCAGUCUGCCUCCAACCACAGCGAGAUGUUCUUUGCUGACCAGGUGGACAGGUGCUAUAAGUGCACCCUCAAACAGGGCCAGACACUCUUCAUCCCCUCAGGCUGGAUUUAUGCCACACUCACACCAGUAGACUGCCUGGCCUUCGCGGGACACUUCCUGCACAGCCUGAGCGUGGAGAUGCAGAUGAGAGCAUAUGAAGUGGAAAGAAGGUUGAAACUAGGCAGCCUGACUCAAUUUCCCAACUUCGAAACUGCCUGUUGGUACAUGGGGAAGCACUUGCUGGAGGCCUUCAAAGGUUCUCACAAAUCUGGAAAGCAGCUGCCACCUCACUUAGUCCAGGGAGCUAAAAUCCUCAAUGGUGCUUUCAGAUCAUGGACAAAAAAGCAGGCUUUGGCAGAGCAUGAGGAUGAGCUUCCAGAGCACUUCAAACCCUCGCAGCUCAUCAAAGACCUGGCCAAAGAGAUCCGGCUCAGUGAGAAUGCCUCCAAGGCUGUGCGACCUGAAGUGACGGCGGCUGUUUCCUCGGAUGAGGUCUGUUUUGGGGACCGAGAGAAGGAGGAGCCCCCGUCUCCCAUUGAGGCCAGCCCUCCUCGGUCUUUCCUGGAGAAAGUGUCCAAAAAAAAGACUCCAAAAACAGUGAAGAUGCCCAAACCGUCCAAAGUCCCCAAGCCCCCGAAGCCCCCAAAACCCCCAAAGCCCCCCAAAUCACUGAAGCUCAAGGACGGGGGCAAGAAGAAAGGGAAGAAGAACAGGGGGUCAGCCUCUCCCACUAUCCCCAACCUGGACCUGCUGGAGGCCCACACCAAGGAGGCGUUGACCAAGAUCGAGCCGCCCAAGAAGGGCAAGGCCACUAAGAGUGUCCUCAGUGCUCCCAACAAGGAGGUGGUCAGUCCCCAGAAUGAUGUGGAGAGGCUGGAAAUCCGAGAGCAAACUAAGAGCAAGUCAGAGGCGAAGUGGAAGUAUAAGAACAGUAAACCAGACUCCCUGCUGAAGAUGGAGGAGGAGCAGAAGCUGGAGAAAUCUCCUCUGUCGGGGAACAAGGACUCCAAAUUCUCUUUUUCCUUCUCCAACAAGAAACUCCUGGGCUCCAAGGCUCUCAAGCCGCAGCCAAGCCCAGGGGUGUUUGGGCCCUUGCAGAACUCCAAGGAAGACAAGCCCCGGCCUGUGCGGGACGAGUAUGAGUACGUGUCAGACGACGGGGAGCUUAAGAUCGAUGAGUUUCCCAUCAGGAGGAAGAAGAAUGCCCCCAAGAGGGACUUGUCCUUCCUGCUGGACAAGAAGGAACUGCUGCCCACACCUGCCACCAAGCCAAAGCUGGACUCGGCGCUCUACAAGCAGAGCGACGACUCUUCUGACGAGGGCUCACUGCACAUCGACACGGACACCAAGCCCAGCCGCAACGCCAAAGUGAAGAAGGACGGCGGGAGCUCCGCCGCGGGAAUCCUGGACCUGCUGCAGGCCAGCGAGGAGGUGGGCGCGCUGGAGUAUAACCCCAACAGCCAGCCCCCGGCCUCCCCCAGCACACAGGAAGCCAUUCAGGGAAUGCUGUCUAUGGCCAACCUGCAGGCCUCAGACUCCUGCCUGCAGACCUCGUGGGGCGCUGGCCAGGCCAAGGGCAGCUCACUGGUAGCCCACAGCGCCCGGAAGAAUGGGGGUGGUGGCAAGAGCGCGGGCAAGCGGCUGCUGAAGAGGACCGCCAGGAACAGCGUGGGCCUGGACGACUACGAGGAGGAGCAGGACCACCUGGAUGCCUGCUUCAAGGACUCGGACUACGUGUACCCCUCCCUGGAGUCAGACGAGGACAGCCCCGUCUUCAAGUCCCGGUCCAAGAAGAGGAAAGGCUCGGAUGAUGCCCCCUACAGCCCAACAGCGAGGGUGGGUCCAUCGGUGCCCAGGCAGGACCGGCCGGUGCGCGAGGGCACCAGAGUAGCCUCCAUCGAGACCGGGCUGGCGGCCGCGGCAGCCAAGCUGUCCCAGCAGGAGGAGCAGAAAAGCAGGAAGAAAAAGAAUGCCAAAAGGAAGCUGGUUCCCAACACUGUCUCCCCCUCAGCCUCUGCCAGCACCACCCCAGCCGGCACCACCUCUGCCGGCACCACCCCAGCCGGUACCACCUCGUCCUCUACCACCCCGGCCUCCACCACCCCAGCCUCUACCAGCACGGCCAGCAGCCAGGCCUCCCAGGAGGGCAGCUCGCCGGAGCCCCCACCGGAGUCACACAGCAGCAGCCUAGCCGACCACGAGUACACAGCGGCCGGCGCCUUCGCCGGGGCCCAGGGCGGCCGCACCUCCCAACCCAUGGCCCCCGGGGUCUUCCUCACACAGAGACGGCCCUCUGCGUCGUCCCCCAACAACACCGCUGCCAAAGGAAAACGUACAAAAAAGGGCAUGGCCACCGCCAAGCAGAGGCUUGGGAAAAUUUUGAAAAUUCAUCGCAACGGAAAACUGCUCCUUUAAAGUCUGGAAAGCCAGGAUCCUUCUGCUCCGCUCAGGACCCCCGGAGCCCCGCUAAAACAUCAGCCCCCAGGAGGGUGGCCUCGCGGCCUCGCUGCCUCGCCCCAGGGAGGGCCUGGCCUCCUCCCGGCCACCCCUACACGAGCAUCUGUUGCUUCAGCUGGCAGAGCUCGCCCACACGGACGUCCUUUCUCAAGUUGCUUAGAGUGACCAGUUCCCAAAAAGCGGCCCUGCCCUUUUGAGGACCAGUCCAGUUCCAGGCCCGCCCCCAGGCGCCCCUGAGCGUGGCUGUGAUUGCAGGGCUUCCGCAGCUCUCCUGGAGCAGGAGCCUUCGAGGAAGGUGUGAGCCAGAGCUCACCAGGCCCAGAGUCAGAGCUGGCCACAGGCUGGUAGCCUCCAGAGGCUUAAAAAAAGGCAAAGAACACUAGAGAGGAAGAGGAGGAGAAAGCAGGGUGUUGGUGAGCCCCCUUCUCUUCCCGAGUGAUUCUCAGACAAGUCCAGAGAGUAUUCGGCCCGGCCAGAGAGGGGCCCCGCGCUCCCUGGCUGGCGGUGGCGGGCCGGGUGGCCGUGUCGUGCCCUGAAUGCCCUAGGCAUUUUGGGGGCGGGCAGCAGGGUCAGUGUGUUAGUGGUUGGGGGGACUCUCGUAGGGUCCCUGGGAAGGGCUCGGGCCCAGCCAUGAUGUGGGGCCCCGGGGGCCCAGGCUAAGCCACAUGGGUGGGUCCCUUCCAGCCCAACAGCCGCACUCCCGAGAGGCACUGCUCAGAGAGGCACCUGCCCUGGACCUGGCGGGGCCCCCUGCUGAGGACACAGGCCGGGCCCUCUGCUCACCUGUGGCGCUUGGCGUCGAGUGCUAGCAGGUCCUGGACCGUGUGUCCGCCCAUCUACACAGAGGGCUGGGUUUGUUUCUCAGGCAAUCCUGUAUUUUAAUUUUAGAUGUAUUUCCUGAAGCAUAUUUUUCAUAGAAUGUAGCGUGUAAAUAGCUUUUUAAAUAACUUCUUUUUUAUAAGAGUAAGAGUAUCUUUAGGAAUUUCUUUCUAUAGAGUCCUUCAUUAACAUUUAUACGAGUUUUUUGCCGAGUAUGAUGAACAGUUGGGUUUCUGAUGCUUUUCCUUUUCCUUCUUUCUUUUUAUUAUUAUGAUUAUUAUUAUUAUUAUUUGUUCUUUUAGGAACUAAGGUAUUGCCUGAAAAACAAGUAAUGUCUGUGCAGCCUUAUGUCUGUCUUUACAGAAGCAAACAGUAAAAUCGAUCUCUUUCAGACACGUUUUGAAGACAAAUCUUCAACUUGAAUACCAGCUAUUGUUUCCUUCCUGUAUGACGAGGGUGGGGGAUACAGUUAUUUUAUUAGCACCUUGUGAAGUGUUUCUGUGUUUUGUGAUGCUGUAAUUUAUUAAUGUUUGUAGCUUUUUAUAUUUGUACAUUUCUUAUGAGCUUUGUUUAUAUACCCAUCCCUGGGUGUUCUGUCCACAAGGGGACGCAGCUUUGCGUAGCCUUACCUACCCACCCGUCCUGUGGGGGGGUCGCAGCCCCUGGCCCGAGGCUGAGGGGCAAGCCUCCCAGCUGGAUGACCCUGACCCGGUGUCUGGAAGGUUCCUUUCCCUGUCCUUGAACAUUUAUACAAUCUAACCCGGGCAUCAAGCUGUGCUCUCUCUCUCUCUCUCUUUUAUUUUUUUAAUUUUAUUAUUAUUAUUUUGGCAACAUGUACAUUUCUAACAAAGUUUAUCGUGGCUAUUAAAGUGUUUUAUUUCCAAUUCAUAUUACUCUUGUAUCGAGUCCAUGAGGUCUAAGGUGACUUAGAUCAAAGUUUUAAAAGAGUAAAAAUAUUUCAGGUU